CCCUGCCCCCCCCCUCCCCGGCCCUAUUUACUCACUGAUUUGCAGAGGAACCGAGCAGCGUCGCUUCCUUCCCCUGCCCUGAGCCGGAAAUUCCUCACUCCUUCAUGAAAAUGGAGCAGCACUCCAGGAACUUCAUUUCUGCUCCAGUCGUGGCCUUUACGGCCGCGCGUCGAAGAACCGCGGGCUCCCAGAAGAAAAACGGGUUCCCAGAAGGAACCUUCCAGCCCGGUUUGCCUGCACCCAGCGCAGCCCUGGGCUGCCGGGCUCCUGCACGCUGGGAUUUGGCUUGGGGGGGAGGGAAGCUGCAGGGAGAAAGUCCUCCAUCAGCAGCAGAGCCUGGGAAGCUGAGUGUGCAGAGCACGGGGAGGUGGGGGACGGCGCAGAUGGGGAACCUUGGCUGCCAACUCGGGGGGAAGCGAUGGCACGCGCAGCGCAGCAGCUGAAUUGAGUUGGUGUCUUCGUGGGGGAAGCAGACUGGGCAGCGGUGCAGGGGAGCAGCGUGAGCAGGGGAAAAGAUGAGUUCUGGGAGGAACGCCUGGAGUUGUGAGCGUGUGUUUGCUGGCACGGAAGCGAACUGCCCAGCAGAGGUGGCUGCUGGUUGCUCUGCCCUGCUGCCGCCUGCCAGCACGGCGAGGUCUGCCCGCGUGAGCGCUGCUGCCGGGUUAGAAUGUGAAGAGGAAGGAAAAAGGAGUUAAAACCAGAAAUGGCAUCGGAUGUCUCCUCGCUGGGCGCUGCCGUCGGCUCAGGGAACCCCGGGGCCGGAGCUCAAAGCGGAGGAGCCAUCGUGCAGAGAGCGGCCAAGAGGCGGCCAGGGCUUGAUUUUGAUGAUGAUGGCGAAGGGAACAGUAAAUUCCUCAGGUGCGAUGACGACCCGAUGCCGAACGACAAGGAGCGAUUUGCCAGGUCUGAUGAUGAGCAGAGUUCAGCGGAUAAGGAGAGACUUGCCAGGGAAAAUCACAGCGAGAUCGAACGCAGGCGGAGGAACAAGAUGACCGCCUACAUCACGGAGCUGUCCGACAUGGUGCCCACCUGCAGCGCCCUGGCCCGCAAGCCGGACAAGCUCACCAUCCUGCGCAUGGCCGUGUCUCACAUGAAGUCCCUGCGCGGCACGGGCAACACCUCCACGGACGGCACCUACAAACCCUCCUUCCUCACCGACCAGGAGCUCAAGCACCUGAUCCUGGAGGCGGCCGACGGCUUUCUGUUCAUCGUGUCCUGCGAGACGGGGAGGGUGGUGUACGUGUCCGACUCGGUGACUCCCGUCCUGAACCAGCCGCAGUCGGAGUGGUUCGGCAGCACGCUGUACGACCAGGUGCACCCGGACGACGUGGGCAAGCUGAGGGAGCAGCUCUCCACGUCGGAGAACGCGCUGACAGAAGGAACCAAACCCUGGUGCCUUUCUAACAAGGAUCCUGCAGCCCCCCCUGAGAGUGCAUCUAAAGGUCGCAUCCUGGAUUUAAAGACGGGCACGGUCAAGAAGGAGGGGCAGCAGUCCAUGAGGAUGUGCAUGGGCUCACGAAGAUCCUUCAUCUGCCGCAUGAGGUGUGGCAACAGCUCAGUGGAUGCGGUCUCUGUAAAUCGUCUCAGCUUCAUGAGGAAUCGCUGCAGGAACGGCCUAGGAGCGACGAAGGACGGCGAGCCUCACUACGUGGUGGUGCACUGCACCGGGUACAUUAAGGCCUGGCCCCCUGCAGGUGUUUCACUGCCUGACGAUGACCCGGACGCGGGCCAGGGCAGCAAGUUUUGCCUGGUGGCCAUCGGCAGACUCCAGGUCACUAGCUCGCCCAACUGUACAGACAUGAGCAAUGUUUGCCAGCCAACAGAGUUCAUCUCCCGACACAACACGGAAGGCAUUUUCACCUUCAUAGACCACCGCUGCGUGGCUACUGUUGGCUACCAGCCGCAGGAACUUCUGGGGAAAGACAUUGUGGAUUUCUGCCACCCAGAAGACCAGCAGCUCUUGCGGGACAGCUUUCAGCAGGUGGUGAAGUUAAAAGGCCAGGUUCUGUCAGUCAUGUUCCGAUUCCGAUCCAAAAACCGGGAAUGGCUCUGGAUGAGAACCAGCUCCUUUACCUUCCAGAACCCCUACUCGGAUGAAAUUGAGUACAUCAUCUGUACCAACACCAACGUCAAGAACUCAAGCCAGGAAUCUCGGCCUGCCCUAUCAAACUCAAUGCAGAGGCCCCAGCUGGGGCAGAGUGUCAGCCUUCCCCUGGAGAUGGGCGCAGCACAGCUGCCCUCAAGGCAGCAGCAGCCGCCGCAGCAGACAGAGCUGGAAGUGGUCCCGGGAAGAGAGAGCCUGUCCGGGUAUGACCACUCGCAGGUUCCUGUGCAGCCCGUGACUGCUGCCGGCGCGGAGCACAGCAAGCCGCUGGAGAAGGCAGAGAGCCUCUUCAACCAGGAGAGGGACCCGAGGUUCGGGGAGAUGUACAGCGCUAUCAGUGCAGACCAGAGCAAAGCCAUUCCUGCCAGCACGGUGCCUGCCACCCCGUCCCUCUUCCCGCAGGGAAACACCUUCACGCCGUCGCGGCCCGCUGAGAACUUCAGGAGCGGCAGCAGCAUGGUGCCCGCGGUGAACAUCAUCCAGCAGCAGCCGUCGGCGGCCGGCCGCAUCUUGGCCCAGAUCUCGCGCCACGCCAGCCCGGCUCAGGUCAGCGGGAGCAGCUGGGCUGCCGGGACCCGGCCGGCCUUCACGCCCCAGGCGGUGCCGUCCCCAGCGGUGAAGAGCCGCCCGCCUUCGUUCAGCAUGGGGACGUUCCAGGGCACCCCGUCCUCCUUCAGCCCCAUGGCAGCUCCCGGCUCCACGGCUUCCCCCGGCAGCACCGCGUACCCGAACCUCGCCGGCCGCGGCGCGGGCUUCGCAGCCACGGAAGCAGCGCAGACCCCGGCCCCGUUCCAGCCCCGGGCAGCAGCUGAAGGUGUGGGGAUGUGGCCGCAGUGGCAGGGGCAGCACCACGGCGCAGCGCCCGCGGAGCAGCACGUGCAGCAGCCGCAGCCGAGCCAGCCCGAGCCCUUCUCGGACAUGCUGACCAUGCUGGGAGAGCAGGGCCCCAACUACAACAACGAGGAGUUCCCCGAGUUGAACAUGUUCCCUUCCUUCUCAGAAUAAAACGCCAGCGCCGGGGGAAAGCAAACCCCAGCUGGGCACAAACCUC